AUGAUGCAUUCUAAAGUGCCUAUAUUGUUUUUUAUACUUAUCGGUAUUAUUGUAGAAUUCGUGUCUUCGCAAAAUGACUUUUUUAACGAAGAGUUAAUGUUAAAGCCAUUACUAAGCAAUCAUGUUUACGCAUAUUUUCAAUUUACUACUGUCUGGGAAACUACGAAAGACACAAAGUCAUUUCAACAUUCGCAUUUGUUUCCAAGAGGACUCGGUGAAAUUAUAAGUCGUCAUAAUGUGGACGAAUUACACCUUACGUUAACCAAAGGAUUGUGGAAUUACCAAAAAUGGGGAUAUCCUUAUUAUAAUGCUGCUCCUGGUGCUGAGAUAUCCACAUGGUUUCACAAAGAUGUCGAUAAUGUCGACGAUGAAUGGAAAGGUUUAACAAAUGCUCUAGCAGGCUUAUUUUGUGCCUCCCUAAACUUUGUUAAUCCUUCCAACAGUAUGUCUCCAGAAUUUACAUUCCGACCCACAGGUGUGGUUGAGCAUAGUGUCAAUUCUAGUCAUUUACGUUACUCGUCGUUACCAAGAGAAAUAGUUUGCACUGAAAAUUUAACUCCAUUCAAAAAGUUACUGCCGUGUAACUCAAAGAAAGGAUUAGCAACUUUAUUGAACUCUGCUUAUAUUUACAACACAAAUUAUCAUUCCAUCGGAAUACAUUUUCGAGUUAUAUGCUCCAACACCCACUGUACCAAAACGUCCUUAGAAUUAAGGCAAUCUGUUUCAUUGAUAUAUGACACUGCAACAGAUGCAUCACAGAAUUGGUCAAUUCGGAAAUUUUUUGAAAUGGGGAUCAGAGGAGCAUGCCCUCUUGCUACAUUAAGCAAUGUAUAUAUCGAUGUAUCCAGUAAUAAUACCAAUCAGAUUUACGAAUUAAUACCUGCUCCAAGUGUUCAAAUCAUCAGUCUUCGUGGAGGACAGUUAAAUGAAAUAGCAGUUUAUGAUAUUAGAUCUCAUUCCACGAGAGGAAUGUUUAAUAUCGGAGUUGUACAUAACACCACUCAUAAAGCUAGUUUAAAUUAUCCCUCAAUUUUGUAUGCCAACAGAUAUAUUAUUGGAUACGGGCAAGAAAGGGGUAGUUUAAUAACGAAAAUUUACAAUAAUUACUGGCAAACACUCGACAUUGUUUUAUUAGAAAAUAUUCCAUGGUAUUUGCCAGUAUAUUUACAUUCUGUCACGAUAACUUGUGGAGCAAAACGUAUUGUACCACUGGUGCAGCGUUAUUUACCAGGCAAGGAAAGGAAAAGCCCUUACUAUCUGGAACUGAUCUUACGCUUACCACCGCAGUCAAUAACCAAAUUCUCUAUAGAAAUGGAUUACUCGUUUCUUAAGUGGCAAGAGUAUCCCCCGGAUGCUAAUCAUGGAUUUUAUAUGGGCCCUGCUAUAAUCACUGCGUUACUUCCAAUCGCAAGAAAUUAUACUGCGUUACCACUCGAUGGAAGUACUAUAACGUCAAGUUUUAACGCUUCAAGAGAGGGAUAUGUGGUACAACUGAGAACUGAAACUAUACUAAUUAGUCUACCCACACCUGACUUUAGUAUGCCGUACAACGUACUUUGUUUAGCGUGUACUGCAGUUGCCCUAGCAUUUGGCCCACUCCACAACAUUUCAACGAAAAGAUUAGUUUUGAAACCAGUUGAAAUGGAUUGGAAGGAGAUGAUAUUAUCGUUUAUAAUGAAUAGAAUAGUGAAACCAAAGAAAAAACAAGAAUAAAAAGUGCAACUUUCUUAUAUUUGGUUCUAAAUAUAUACGCAUUUUUAAUUGAGAUAAAAAUUGUUAAAAGGCAAAAAAAAAAAAAAAAAGGAAACAAAUGAAAUCCAAACACAGUCACAUUUCUACGAGAGGUA